GGCCACGCGCCUUUACUCCAUUGCGCGCCCCCGCAUUUACUACCGACAGGCGCAGAGUCCAUGGGAGGAAGUCACUGAGAUUGGAAAACAGACCACAACUGCGCUCUCACAGCAGGGCCAAAAGGAAACGAGGAACUUCACCUGGGAGAAGGAAAACAAGUGAAAACGCGUCUUUUCCUGUGCUGGAGAAGUCAGAAAAUUCCAACUUUGGAGUAUGGACUAGGAGCGGCGCGUCUGCGCAGAUGGAGGCGGUGAGAAGUUUGGUGUUCGUCGGGGCCGUGCUGCUCGGAGUGACGGGCGCUUCGGGCAGGGAAGUUUGCCUGGGCACAGACAUGAAAUUGGCCUUGCCAUCAAGCCUGGAGAACCAUUAUGAAACCCUGAAGCUGCUCUACACUGGCUGCCAAGUUGUCCAUGGCAACCUGGAGAUCACACACCUCAGUGGAAACCCUGACCUUUCCUUCUUGCAGGGGAUUGUGGAGGUGCAGGGUUACGUACUCGUUGCACACGUCUCAGUGACUUUGGUGCCUCUGGACAACCUUCGGAUCAUCAGAGGAAGCCAGCUGUACAACUCCAGCUAUGCACUGGCUGUGCUGGAUAACACUCUGAACAAUCGGGGUCUGAGGACCCUGCGCCUUCGCAGCCUGACAGAGAUCCUGUUGGGCAGGGUGUAUAUUUGGGGGAACCCCCAGCUGUGCUUCCCGGAUCCACAAAGCAUAAUCUGGAAUGACACGCUGGACGAGCAGAACAGCCACUCCAGGCUGCACCAGCUGCAGUCCAGAGCCCCUAAUUGUCCAAAAUGUUCUCCGGUUUGUGCAAAAAGCUGCUGGGGAGAAACAGCGCAGGACUGCCAGACACUAACUCGAAUCAACUGUGUGAGUGGGUGCCAGCGAUGUAAAGGCCCUUUUCCUAACGACUGCUGUCACAGGCAGUGUGCUGCUGGCUGCACCGGGCCGAAAGACUCUGACUGUCUGGCAUGUCGCCACUUCAACGACAACGGUGUGUGUAAAGAGAACUGCCCUCUGCCUGCCAUCUACGACUCGCUCACCUACCAGACCAAACCCAACCCAAACAAAAAAUUCAACUUUGGAGCCACCUGCGUUAAGACUUGCCCCUAUAACUACCUGGCUAUGGAGGUGGCCUGUACUUUAAACUGUCCCCGAGCCAACAAGGAGGUCAUCAUCCUGCAGCCCGACGGGACCGAGACGCAGAAAUGUGAAAAGUGUGAUGGGGACUGCACCAAAGAGUGUUACGGUUUGGGAAUGGGUAACUUCGGUGUUGUGGACAAUCACAGCGUUACCAUGGUAACAUCAGCCAACGUGGAGCAGUUCACCAAGUGCUCGCAGAUUUUUGGAAGCCUCGCCUUCCGUGCUCAGAGCUUUGAAAGAGAUCCUGUGACCAACACUUCUGGCCUGACUCUGGAGCAGAUGUGCGCCUUCAAGAAACUGAAAGAGAUAACAGGUUACUUGUACAUCGAUGCCUGGCCAGAGGAGUGGGCCAACCUCUCCGUGUUUGAGAAUCUAGAGGUGAUCAGAGGCAGGAUGCUCCACAUGGGGGUGUUUUCUCUCGCCAUCCAGAACCUACACAUCCAGUCUCUUGGGCUGCGUUCACUGCGCAGCGUCAGUGGAGGUUUGGUUUUGAUAUACAACAACUCACAGUUGUGCUACACCAACUCUCUGCCCUGGGAGAGUCUAAUCCAUCCCACCCAGGGGCCCCAUCGCAUUGUCAGCCACAACCAGGACCCUCAAGUCUGCGAGAGUGAGGGGUAUAUUUGCCACUCUCUGUGUAAGGGGGGCUGCUGGGGUCCUGGCCCAGGCCAGUGUGUGUCCUGUAAGACGUUCCAGCGUGGCACCGAGUGUGUGGAGCAGUGUAACCUCCAUGAUGGGUCGAGGCGUGAAUACGUAGAUGGAUUUUUGUGCACAGCCUGUCAUGCAGAGUGUCAGCCCUUCAACGGUUCUGUCUCCUGCCAUGGCAAGGGUGCGGAACACUGCACCAAGUGUCGACACUUUCAGGACGGAGAGUUUUGCGUGGACAGCUGUCCCAGUGGUGUGAAGGAAGAUCAGCACACCGUGUGGAAAUACAGCAAUGCAACAGGACACUGUGUGCUCUGCAACACGAACUGCUCCCUGUCCUGCACUGAUAAGGACGAGCGAGGCUGCCCCAUCGACACCAGGACAGGACCGGGCACGACCAUCGCUGCUGCUGUGGGUGGAGUAGUGCUCUUCUUCAUCCUGCUGGCUUUGCUGGUCUUCUAUCUGAAAAGGCAGACGAAGCUGAGGAGGAAGGAGACGGUGAGGAGGUACCUGCAGGAGCAGGAGCUGGUGGAGCCUUUAACUCCGAGUGGCGCGUCUCCCAAUCAAGCCCAGAUGAGAAUCCUGAAGGAGACGGAGCUAAAGAAGGACAGGAUUCUGGGUGCAGGAGCCUUUGGGACAGUGUACAAGGGGGUGUGGGCUCCUGAAGGAGAAACCGUGAAAAUUCCCGUGGCCAUUAAGGUGUUGAGAGAGAACACCUCACCAAAGGCGAAUAAAGAGAUUCUCGAUGAGGCCUACGUGAUGGCGGGGGUCACCAGCCCCUAUGUGUGUCGUCUCCUGGGUAUCUGUCUGACCUCCACAGUGCAGCUUGUCACUCAGCUGAUGCCGUAUGGCUGCCUGCUCGACUACGUCCGGGAGAACAAGGACCGCAUUGGUUCUCAGUUCCUCCUCAACUGGUGUGUCCAGAUUGCUAAGGGGAUGAGCUAUCUGGAGGACAUCCGCCUGGUUCACAGAGAUCUGGCUGCACGUAACGUUCUGGUAAAGAACCCUAACCACGUGAAGAUCACAGACUUUGGUCUGGCCCGUCUGUUGGAUAUAGAUGAGACUGAGUACCAUGCUGAUGGAGGGAAGGUGCCGAUUAAAUGGAUGGCUUUAGAGUCGAUUCUGCACAGAAGAUUCACCCAUCAGAGUGAUGUCUGGAGUUAUGGUGUGACGGUGUGGGAGCUGAUGACUUUUGGUUCCAAGCCCUACGACACAAUCCCAGCAAGAGAUAUCCCAAAUGUGUUAGAGGGUGGAGAGCGCCUUCCGCAGCCCCCCAUCUGCACCAUCGAAGUCUACAUGAUCAUGGUCAAAUGUUGGAUGAUUGAUCCAGAGAGCCGACCCAAGUUCAGAAGUCUGGUUCAAGACUUUAGCAGCAUGGCCAGAGAUCCGUCCCGAUACUUAGUCAUUAUGAACGAUGAGCAGAUGAGUUCUUGCAGCCCGGUGGACAGCCGGUUUUACCGAAUGCUUCUGGAAGAAGGGGACAAUAUGAGAGAGAUGAUGGAUGCUGAGGAAUAUCUGGUGCCUCUCACAGACGGAGAGGAAUCUCAGCCCAACGGGCCAUCCAGACACCAGUCAUACAGGAGCAGAGAUCAGGGUUUAGAUGUUGAGCCCGUCACUGUCGCUGUUCCACGGAGCGUGUAUUCCUCUCAGGGUACUCUUGGCCAUGGUCAGUUUCCCAUUUUUCCGCUGGGAGCGACCAUGGCUAACGGUGUGUGGCCUCCAAUGUUAGCUCGCAGCACGUCAGCAGGAGGCCAGUCUGACUCAGUCUUCCUGGACGCUGUUCCCGAUGGCCAUGCAUUGCCCCCAAUCAGCCCUGGACGCUACUGCAAAGACCCCACUUACCCCAUCGAGAGCCAGGAAGAGCUGGGGACCGAUGAGCCAGACCGCUUCCCUGCUCCUCCUCACCUUCAUCACUCACUGCCCAGACGGAGUCAUGGCUACGUUCACAACCAGGCCUCGCCAGAGUACGUCAACCAGGAGAUGCAAUAUCUCAGGCCGGCGAUCCCUGACAGGCCCACUACGCUUCCACGUAAAGGCUCUAAAGUAGACCGACGGCUCCCCAAUGGGCUCAGCUCCGGUCACAGCGUGGAAAACCCGGGAUACCUGGUCCCGGUGAGCUCCACCUCCUCUGCCUUUGACAACCCGUACUACUUGGACCUUGUAGCCAAAGCCAAUGCUGCACCUGGGACAACGGUGGUGGACGGCCCCACAGUUCUGGAGAGUAAUGGGGGUGUCAGCAGGCACGCCAAUGGGUUUGUGACUCCUACCGCCGAAAAUCCAGAGUAUCUCGGACUAGCGGACACAUGGACGGGACAUACUUGAGGAAAAGGAAGUGAAGAUCGUUUUCUUCUGUGGAAAAUGUUGUAAAGGGAAUAUUUGUGUGUUUGAAACAGAAACCGUUGGGAGGUGCCAUCCACGAGUCCACGGUGACUCGACAAAGUGUAGCAUUUAUAUGGCGUCUUUGAAUUCCUGUUUUCCUGUCACUCCUAAGCUAUUCUGGACUGUUUAAUGCCAAAGUCACUCUCAACUUUAGGAAUCGCUUGAUACUGAAAGAAAUGAGUAAUUAAUCCACAAUGGUACCGUACAGGUUUUUCUUUCAUCUCUAAGUUUCGUCCACAAAUGAAGCAGUUCUUGUUUCCUUUAGAUGGAAGAAAAAACCUUGUGUACCAUGAUAUGCAUUGAAGAUGCUGUUUAGUAUUCUGGUCACUUUCUCCCAGGCUUGAUGAGGGUCUUUGGUUGUCUCAAAGGCAUUUUGUUUCAAACAGAAAAAGCCCUGCAACCCAUCUGGCCUGUGGGCAUGCUCCCUGGAAGAAAGACACCCUGUAUGCAGAGACGGCAGCAUUGUGUCUCUGAUUCAUGUGGCCGUUAGUGCUGCAACAAAUCACUCAUGAGGUACUUGCAGACACGUUAAGCAACUUGAAAUGCAUUUAGGCUGUUAAGAAGUAGGUAAUAAAAUGGUUGAACUUUUUUUUUAACAUGAUGGGGAUGACUCCUGUGGAAAUCAGGUGGAAUGCACUGCAGAUGCCUCCUAAGCUUGUGUUGUCACUGUGAAGUUUGACGGAUUCUUUAUUGAGCAAUAUUUUAUUUACCAUGUUUGUGAAUAAACUUGCAGCAGUGUGCAGCUGAAUGUGAUCCAGAGGAGACAAAAGUCUUGCUGCUCCACUCCUGCUGGAUAAUCGAUGCAUGAUUCAAAUUCCACUCGCUUCCCUCCCAGUUAAUAAUCAACAGCACUUUUUCUGAAAGGCUGUUUUAUGUUGUUUUCAUGCUAACUGGUGUGUGGCCGGGGAAGUCAAAGCCCUUUCAAUGCAGUCUUUGUCUGACCCCUCUUGUCCUCUAUGUCCUCACACGUCCCCAAAGCUGACAGUUUCACAGGUUUGAGUAGAAAUCUGCCGUCUGCAGAGAUCCGAGGCUUGCCGGGGCCCGGACAUCCCAAAACUCAAAACAAAUUUUAACCAUUCAGAUCCAUCUAAAUUGUUCACACAUAAUUUUUUUAUUUCAGAUAAAGAUUUUUUUUUUUUACCAAGAAAACCCCCCCCAAAAACAUCAUGUUUUAUUCUGAUAUGUUUGUUUGUCACUUACUGAAUUCCAAGUGAUCAGAUCCAUCUAACGUGUUUUUAUUUUUAUAAUGUGUAUCCAUUGAACUUCAGAGUAAAUUACUAAUACAGUUUCAGUCAGGUGAAAACCUAAUUUCCCUCAAAACAUGAAUGCAAUUGACUCCAUGCUGGGAAAAUUUUCCUUUGUUUCCUUUAUUUACUUGAAUGGAUUGAUGUAAUGACCGUUGUUAUAGAGGUUGAAUGUUGACUAAAAUGAAUCGCGCAUGCGAGAGGCCCCCCACCCCCCACUGGCUCAUGCUUCUCGCAGAUCGCAGGCGGUAGGCGUAAUUUCAGUCAGCCAAUCAAUCCGUAGUGUCGCCUCGGUCCCAGUCUGCCCGCUGGGGAGAAGGUCUGAAAAAAAAGUCACCUCGGAACCGAAAACGCAAUUCGGACUUGUGUGUGAAAUCAAACUCCAGUCCCGUAAGGGACCGAACCGACGCAAAUUUGUAAGCACCAUAACUGGAUGUCUGAGGAACCAUCAACCAGGAGAGUCAUGUGGCCAUCUUUCAACAUGUUUGAUUAUCUACAAAAGUGGCUUAAAUAUUUCUAUCUGUGCAAAUACUCUACAGCUUACAGGUUUAUCAGUGAGAAACAAAAGAGCAGCUAAUAAAAGCGUGCUGAAGGUUUUGUAACAUUACAGUCUUUUGAAGAAAAUGCUUGUUUCGUACUUUCACGGUGAAUGUACUUUAUUGGGCCGGAAAGACUCAUCUUGUAAAUGUUUAACGUGUACGAAUAAAGUCAAUCAGUAUGGUA